UAUGAGCAAAGCAGCCGCAAAAAUUUUAAAUACAUAUAAGCAAAUAAACUGUCGUCUCUAAAGAAAGUAUGAACAAAGACGUUUAAAACAACAAACAAAAAAAGCAACACUAAGCAACAGAUCUAUUUUUGUGUAUUUGGUUUUUUUCCUUCCCUUCAACGCAAUUGAAAUGUAAAUAUUUGCUAUAUCAAAAAUAUGUUUUGCAAAAUGUGUCUACUUUGUGCAGAUUUUCCAGUAUUUACCCAAGAGUCUAUUGUACUUUUUGCAAAAUUCAGAGCGACAUCUUAUAUAAAAGGAGGCUGUAAAUUGAUAGAGCAGAUCAUAAUAGAUUUAAGGUUUUGUAUUGUCGUACAAUAGAAAAAUGAAGCAAGUUACUUAUAUCGUCGCCGUUGUCCUUCUGGCCACAGUGCUUCUACUUGAGGACACUUCAGCGCAAACGAAUUCAACAACAACAAGUUCAAACGCCACAACAACAACCACAACGACAACGACCGAAGCAUCAACAACCACUACAACCACCUUGGCCCCUUCAACUUCGCAUAGAAAACGUGUCACAAUCCGGAAUUUGAAAUAUAAAAGCGUCCGCAAGAUUAAGGUUAAUAAGAAAUCUGGUUAAAUGACGAAACUGGAAACACUUCCAUUUCCAAUAGGACAAUUGAAUGUGAAUAAAGAUCAAAAUAUACAGAGAACUACAGGCUACUGCGAUUUGAGU